CGCACUGCUUGGCCCAUGAGCCAGGUUGCACACCAGGCCACCAGCCCAUACUCCAAUCGGUAGACAGGGUCAGGAUCGCUGGGAAAAAUAGAUCGACAUCUACUCUUCCCCUUCUCUCCGGCUCUUCGUCUUGCGCCGACCCGUCGACCUAGCGCCCAGGCGGCCAGCCCCUGCCAUCUUGUGCAUCCUCUCCUCAUCUCAUCACCAUGUUUGGAGCCUAAGAGGUACCAGGUAACCCCAACUCCUCAACUUCAAUUGACCAUUCGAUUCCUUGUUUGUUAAACGGGUGAAAAAAUUGCUGCAGAGUUGAAGAUGUAGGGGUCUCAGGGAUUUUUAUAAUUGUUGAUUCUGGUUCAGUUAUGCGAUGAGAAAGGACUAAAGGAGAAGCAAAGAGGAAUUUUUUUUUGCUUGUAACCAGGAAAAGAGAUUUAUUUGAUAGCUGCAUUCCUUGUUCCAACAAGAUGCCAGGUAAAGAGAUUGAAUAAUAGUGACUACUUUAGUGUUGCGUUCAGUAUCUAAUUUAAUGUUUAUUUGUGCUGACUAAUUUUUUAGGCAAUCAAAGCACAAUGGAACUAUUCUUGAAAAGAAAAUUGCCCCUAACUGAUGAUAACGAUGAGAAUCUUGAUAGAGGCACUUCAAGAAGAGAUGACACUGCACCAAACGCUAAUCAUUUUACUCAUCUUUCUUCACGGGUCUCACGACAGGAGGUAAAUUUUGAUGAGCUUCCAUAUGAUCCAGCAGAUAGAAGGAGAAUAUCAUAUUAUAUAGGCCAAAAUCUACAAGAUGACAUAAGGCGAAAGUAUUUGAUAAGGGGUCCUUUUAAACCACCACCUGGUUUUAAGUUUCCAGAGACAAUAAUAGCAGGUCAUCCACGUCGAUGUCAAUCUAAUUGGUUUACUAGAUAUGAUUGGCUAGAGUACAGUGAAAAGGUGGAUAAGUGCUUUUGUUUAUAUUGCUACUUGUUUAGAGAUUGCAACAUGGGCCAAGGUGGGAAUGAUGCAUUUGUAAUAGCUGGUUGGGAUGGCUGGAACAAAUCUGAUAGGCUUCGAGAUCAUGUAGGCAAAUGUAAUAGUUUUCAUAACACAGCUGUGAAAAGAUGCAACAACUUAUUGAAGCCUGGCCAAUCAAUUGGUGCUGCUUUGAACAAGCAAAGUAAUCUGACUAAAGAGAUGCAUUUGAUUCGAUUGACCACUUCAAUUAAAGCAGUCCGAUACUUGUUGAAUCAAGGUUUAGCUUUUCGUGGCCAUGAUGAAUCAGAAGAGUCCACAAAUAAGGGAAAUUUUCGAGAGUUGUUACAACUUUUGGCAGAUGGAAAUGACAAGGUAAAGGAAGCAAUAAGUAAGGCUCCAAAAAACAAUAAGAUGAUAGCUCCUGAAAUUCAAAAGGAUAUUGCAGAGUGUUUUGCUGAGAUCAUAGUGAAAUCUGUCAUUGAAGAAAUUGGUGGGGAUGUCUUUUGCAUAUUAGUAGAUGAAUCAGCAGAUGUUUCUGGUAAGGAACAAAUGGCUAUUGUUUUGCGAUAUGCUGAUAAGCUCGGGGAAAUAAAAGAGAGGCUUAUUGCUGUGGUUCAUGUGAAAGAGACAUCAGCUUCUUGUCUUAAAGCUAACAUCGAUCAUGUGUUUGCUAAAUAUGGAUUGAGCUUCAAACAAAUUAGAGGACAAGGUUAUGAUGGAGCCAGCAACAUGAGAGGUGAAUUUAAUGGUUUAAGGGCUUUAAUCAUGAGAGAAAAUAGCUCUGCGUAUUAUAUCCAUUGCUUUGCCCAUCAGCUGCAAUUAGUCAUUGUUGCAGUAGCUAAAAAGAAUGAUGAUUCUAGUGAUUUUUUUGACAUGGUAUCCCUAUUGCUUACUGUGGCGGGGGCUUCUUGCAAACGUAAAGAUAUGAUUCGAGAAAGUCAACAAGAGAGAGUGAAAAAAGCCAUAGGCAGUGGACAGCUUAGUAGUGGAACUGGAUUAAAUCAAGAACAAGCCCUUCAAAGAGCUGGAGACACACGUUGGGGUUCUCAUUAUAAAACCCUCAAGAGCCUUAACAAUCUGUACCCUGAAGUUAUUGAAGUGCUCCAUUAUGUUGAAAAAGAAGGUCCAAAUGAUGCAAAGAGACGUCAAGCUCGUGGUCUCUUGAACUAUCUCAAAGAUUUUGAUUUUGUGUUCCAUUUACAGUUAAUGCUGCUUAUUCUAGGACAUGCAAAUUCUUUGUCACUAUCAUUGCAAAGGAAGGAUAAAGACAUCUUAGAAGCCAUGUUAGAGGUGAAGUUAACCAAGCAAAAAUUUCAGCAAAUUAGAGAUGAUGGCUGUGACUCUUUAUUGGAGGCCAUAUACUCCUUUUGUGAAGAACAUGGCAUUCCUAAGGUUGAUAUGGAGGAGGACUAUAUUGAUCGUCAUAAUCCAAGAAAAAAGACCAAUCGCACCAACUAUCAACAUUAUAGAUAUGAUUGCUUGAAUCCAAUUAUUGACUUGCAGCUUGCAGAGUUCAGUGACCGUUUUAAUGAGGUGAAUUCUAAACUGCUUACUCAGAUUGCUGCUUUCAGUCCCAAAAAUUCUUUUGAGGCUUUCAAAGUUGAGAGCUUGAUGGAGUUGGCUAAGUCGUACCCCGAUGAUUUUAAUUCAACACAAUUGAAGGAUCUUGGACUUGAGCUUCCUAUUUACAUUGAUAAUGUGCGAGCUGAUGAAAGAUUUGCCAAUUUGGAUACUAUUUCUGAACUUGCUAAGUUGAUGGUGCGGACAAAAAAGGAUCUUGCUUUUUCUUUGGUCUAUCGGCUUCUCAAGUUAAUACUAGUUCUUCCUGUUGCCACUGCAUCAGUUGAGAGAUGCUUUUCAGCAAUGAAAAUUGUGAAGACAAUAUUGCGAAAUCGUAUUGGUGAUGAAUUUAUGAGUCAUUGUAUCAUAUGCUUUGUAGAACAAGGAUUUCUAGCCACAAUUCCAAUCAAAGAUGUAAUUGUCCGCUUUAACACGAUGGAGGACCGUAACCGUAGAGGGUAGUCAUGGGAGUGAAUGCUUACUUUGUAUUUAUCACAAUAUGUGAAUGUCCUUUAUCUCAUUUUAUCGAUAUUAAGAUUUUGUAUGGUACUA